AUGUCAAGAGAUAUCAAAGAGUUUUUAUAUGCAUGGCUCGGUAGAAAUAAGCUCGGAACUCCCGCCUACGAAACCAGAACGGAAACGCGAGGAGGUAGACAGAGGUAAACUGGAACGAAGAAUUGAAAACGUGUUGACCAUUAAAAUAUUAUUUUCAGAUUCAAAUGCGAACUCCGUGUCCCCUCAUUCCCGUACACUGCCUUUGGAAAUUCUAGUAAUAAAAAAGAUGCUGCAACGAAUUCUGCUCUAGAUUUCUGUCAGUAUUUGGUCCGUGAAGGACGCAUGCGAGAGAAUGAGUUGCCCGUUCUGACGUCUGCGAGUCUGGAAGCGUCCACGUGGCAAGACAACGGACCAUCCGAACUGGCGCCGAUCUUCGGAAGAGGCGAGGGGACGGGACAACAAAACUUCCAACAGCCGGUCCAGAACAAGCCGAAUUACCCGUGGCUAAACGCGUACGAGCGAAAUGAAGGCACCCACGAACAGUACAUCGCACAGAAAGCUGAUGAAAUUGCUGCUUCUGAAAAUGUUGAUUUGAAAUCGGAAAUACACGGAGGAUGGACGAUGGAGAACUCGAAGAAGGCGCUGAACGAGUACCUCCAGAAGAUGAGACUGCCCGCCGUCAUUUAUCAGACGAAAAUCAAAGAGUCAAACACUGUCAAGUGAGUGAUUUCAAGGGAGGAAUAGUAAAAUAAUUAAGGGAAAUUGCAGAACGAUGGAGACGAUGGCGAAUGUAUUUGUUCCCCAAAUCAACAAAAGUAAGUUACGGUAGUCCUUCAUUCACAAUAGGAAUGUUUUUGCAGCACUGACCGGGAAAGGCACGGGAUCCAACAAGAAAGUGUCCGAAUCCGCGUGUGCCAUGAACGUUGUUCGUCAAAUGUUCCACUUGAAUAUCAUGCAGGCUUACAGCGGACCGAUUAAAAAGAGCAAAGCGAGCACUGUAAGGAAACGUUCCGUUCUUCUCUCCUAACAAACCAUGUUUCAGUUGCCGGAGAUUGAAGUGAAUAUUCCGGAGGAGCUUGCUGGAAGAGUGGUUGAGUACGUACAAAACAAUGGAAUCGGUCUUCCCGUCAUCGACGAAACAACAGCUACUUCGGAUGCUCCGAGCUCAUUGCUCUCCGAUACGAAACUUGCGCAAUUUCCUGUUUCUGAGGUAUCGCUGGUUUGUUCUACUGAUCACUAAUCUCUAUUCAAGGUGCGCACCGCUUCCAACAUCUCCUGGGCGCCUCCACUGCAAAAUUGGAAUCCGUGGAGAGCUUCGAACAUUGACGAAGAACCGAUUGCCUUUGUGGGUAUUUUCAUAGAACUUCUGAGGAUAAUUUAUAUGAUUUAAGAUGAAUAUGGAAGAAAUUAGUGCGAAAAUCAUCGAAAAAGAAAACCGAAAGUCGAAAGAAAGACUUGACGCCAUGUAUGUGAAACGGGAGGAACUGCCGGUCGCUCAGUUCAGAGAGCAAAUCGUUCAAACGGUUGCUGAUAACCGAGUCACUCUGAUCAAAGGAGAGACUGGCUGCGGAAAGAGUACCCAAGUCGCGCAGUUCCUUCUGGAGCACUUCAUUCAUACGUCGAGAGGAGCUCACUUCAAUGCGGUCGUCUCGCAACCACGUCGUAUUUCGGCCAUAUCUCUUGCUGAAAGAGUGGCAAACGAAAGAGCGGAAGAGGUCGGAGAGACGUGCGGCUACAAUGUCCGAUUUGACAGUGCUUCUCCUCGUCCGUACGGAUCCAUUAUGUUCUGCACUGUCGGAGUGCUUCUCAGAAUGAUGGAAAACGGACUGCGCGGCAUUUCGCACGUUAUUAUCGAUGAAAUCCAUGAAAGAGACGUCGACGUGAGUGAUUCCACUUGCGGAAUAUACAUAAGGAGUGUUUCAGACUGAUUUCGUGCUAAUUGUUCUCCGUGAAAUGAUUAAGGAAUACAAAGAUCUACGUGUCAUUCUCAUGUCCGCCACAAUCGACACUCAACUGUUCACCAACUUUUUCGAUACAUACCCCGGAAUUGGACCAACCCCAGUUAUCAAAAUGCACGGAAGGACUUUCCCAGUUCAAUGUUCGUCGUUUCCGUAACAUAUGUUCAACCUAUCACUUUUACAGCAUUCUUCUUGUCGGACAUUCUUCUCAAUCUGAAGCACAUGCCCCAGUUGCCAGAGGCUAAAAAACGAAAGAAAGGAGCUGCGCCGCCGCAAGACGACGACGAAGGAGACGAAGAAGUGGACGACAAGGGAAGAAAUAUGAACAUCUUAACGGACCCAGAGAGUAGUCCCAGCUUGAAAGAAGCAAUGUCUCGUAUAUCGGAAAAGGAAAUUCCGUACGAUGUGAUCGAAGAGAUACUGAAGGACAUCGCAGCCCGCGGCGUCGAUGGAGCCGUGCUCAUCUUCCUCCCCGGAUGGGCCGAGAUCAUGUCCCUGUGCAAUCGGCUCUUGGAGCACCCAGAGUUCGGUACGGAGUCUAAUCUGUUUCGAAAUAUCAAAUGGCUGUUUUCAGGUGGCUCAAAUCAAUACGAAGUGUUGCCUUUGCAUUCUCAGUUGACCAGUCAGGAACAGAGAAAAGUGUUCAACCACUAUCCGGGUAAACGGAAGAUUAUCAUCUCAACGAACAUUGCCGAAACGAGUAUUACCAUUGACGAUGUCGUUUAUGUCAUUGACUCCUGCAAGUGAGUAUUGUGUUACUCCUCUAUCGAUUUCGUCGUUUUCAGAGCCAAAGAGCGUAUGUAUACGUCGAACAACAAUAUGAUUCACUUCGCGACAGUUUGGGCUUCGAAGACGAAUAUCAUCCAAAGAAGAGGACGUGCCGGAAGAGUCCGUGCUGGAUACGCUUUCCAUUUGUGCAGCAAACAGAGAUACGAAGCGUUAGUAUUAAAAACACGGAAUUUAUAAAGUUAACUGUGCUAUUCCAGGCUGGACGAGCACGGAACGGCUGAAAUGCUUCGUAUUCCUCUCCAUCAAAUUGCUCUCACUAUCAAACUUCUCCGCCUCGGAUCGGUCGGAGAAUUCCUGGGAAAAGCACUCGAACCACCACCGUACGACAUGGUUGUGGAGAGCGAAGCUGUCCUUCAGUCCAUGGGAGCUCUCGAUCGCAACCUCGAGUUGACGAGUCUUGGAAGAAUGCUUGCCCUCAUGCCCAUCGAGCCCGUUGUCGCCAGAGUGCUCAUUCUCGGAACGGCUCUCGGAGCUGGCUCUGUAAUGUGCGACGUGGCGGCCGCAAUGUCGUUCCCGACUCCGUUUGUUCCGCGAGAGAAGCAUCACACUAGACUGAGUGGAAUUCAACGAAGAUUCUCUGGAAACAAGUUCUCAGAUCAUAUUGCAUUGGUUUCCGUGAUCCAAGGAUUCCGCGAAGCUAUCGACAUGGGAGGAUCCGCAGCUGCGGAAAGAGAGUAUUGCGAUCGGUAUUCGUUGAACAAUCCGGUGCUGAAAAUGACUGAGUGAGCAUUUCUUUUGAUUAUUUUUUGCCAACGAAUAUCGUCUUUGUUUCAGUGGCGCCAGAAGACAGCUGAUUGAUGUGCUCCGGAACCAGUGCUGCUUCCCGGAAGACGUUCUCUACGACAUUCCCGUCAAUGUGAAUGGUCCUGAUAGGGAACUCGACCUAAUGCGCUCCCUUCUCGUCCAGGCUCUUUAUCCGAAUGCCGCUUAUUUCACUGGAAAACGGAAAGUGCUAACAAUCGAGCAGUCAAGCGCUCUGAUCAACAAGUACUCGGUUCUCGUUCCAAUGAACAACCGUCAGGAAAUGGAUCUUCCGAGUCCUUUGCUCAUUUUUACCGAAAAAGUCCGUACCAGAUGCAUCUCUUGCAAGGGACUCUCCGUUGUCUCUGCCAUUCAAUUGCUCGUGUUCGGAAGUCGAAAGGUUGAAUGCGUCGGAGAAGGACUCGUUCGAAUUGAUGACAUGUCAGUAAUCCUUUCCAAUUGUUCAUUCAUAUACUUCUGUUGCAGGAUAACAAUCAGAAUGAGCGUCAGAACUGCUACCGCUCUAGUCGCUCUCCGUCCGUGCAUUGAAGCUCUUCUCGUCCGAUCGUGCGAGAAUCCAGAAUCUCUCGCCGGAGUGGUUCCUGCUGAUGCCGAUCUGCGGCAAAUUCUGCGUGACAUUUCGUCCGAACAGUUCAUGGCGAAUGCAGGCCCAAUGAGAGACAGUCUGCUGACUGACAAUGCGGUAAGUCUCUUUUUUGCUUCUUGAAUCCUAUGUACCCCUUCAGAUGACCGUCAAAUCUUCUGGCCCGCCUCGCUUCGAAAAAUCGUACUCAGAUUGGGGACAGUCAAACAGUUUGUUUCUCGACUUUACUUUUCCUUUUCUCAAUUUUGCUUCUUCCAGAUUCUUCUUUCGAAAGCAACGGACAAGACAGCGGAUUUGACGCGAGCUCGGCGCAGAAUUCGUUCUAUUCUCCAGGUAACGCACGAAGCUUUGCUUAUUUUCUAGUGCCUGCCAUUUUUGCCUGAAACAGUCUCUAACUCUCAAUUUUUCUCAAAUAUCUUCAGCUGCGGGAGGAGGUAAAAUGUAUCAGCCGCGAGGCGGUGGCUACAGACGUGGUAGCCACCCCUACGCUUCUCAAUAUCGCCCUCACCCUCCACCAUCUUCUGGAAUGGGUUAUCAGAAUUUCAACUCAGGUGGUGGAGACUACAACAGUGGAUGGCAGUAUGGAGGGAACGGAGGAUACGGUGGAAACGACGGAGGAGGAUUCAGAGCACGCGGAAGAGGUCGUGGAGGCAACCGAGGCUGGAAUCCGUCGUCCUGGUGA